AUGCCAGCACUAAAAAUCCUGGUGGUCGGUGGUGGCAUCGCCGGCCCCACUCUUGCUUUUUGGCUGGCUCACCUCGGCCACGAUGUUACCAUUCUCGAACGAACAGAGUCGCUUCGCGCACAAGGCCAGCAGAUCGACCUUCGCGGCCAAGCCGUCAGCGUUAUCCGUCGCAUGGGGCUCGUCGACGAAGUCCGCGCCCAUGUUGUGGAUGAGGAGGGCAUUCAAUUCGUCGACACCGACAACCGUCGCCAGGCAAUGUUUCGCGCCAACAAGACCGGACAGGGCGCCCAGACAUUCACCUCUGAGUUUGAAAUAAUGCGCGGUAGUCUGGUGCGCAUUCUGGCCGACGCCGCAACAGCACGUGGGGCCAAAUUCCGUUUUGGUACCACUGUCAAGAGACUCGAGCAGAAAGGCAAUGCUGUGAACGUUGCCUUUGAAGACAGCACCACUGAGACCUACGACCUUGUCAUCGGAGCCGACGGACAGAGCUCUCGCACGCGUCGGAUGAUUAUGCAGCCGGAGGAAGAGCGGUACACUCACCUGAAUGGCUUCUUCUGCUACUUUACUAUCCCGCGGGAACCAGUUGAUACCAACUUCUGCACCGUUUUCACCUCCCCCAAUAAGAGCAUGUGCCUGCGCGCCGACAACCCAGAGACUGUGCAGGCGUACUUGGGCAUUUAUCCGCGUGAUGAUGCCCUUCGGAAAACGUUGCGUGAUUCAAUGGCCACCCGGGAUCCUGAUGCCCAAAAGCGACUUUACACGGAAUUGUUCAAGAAUGAGGGGUGGCAAGCAUCAUGUAUCGUCAAGGGCAUGAACGAGACGAGCAACUUCUACUGCCAGGAGACUGCACAGGUCAAAACGAAGAUUUGGUCGAAGGGGCGUGUCGUCCUUCUGGGAGACGCUGCGCACUGCGCCAGCCCCGUCACUGGACUGGGUACUACGUCAGCCAUUGUCGGAGCCUACGUCCUCGCAGGCGAGAUUGCCACACACUGUGGAGGCGCAGAUAAGGAGGGAAUCAGUGAUAUCGACGGCGCUUUGCUAGCUUACGACCAAACGCUACGGCCGUUCGUCGACAGGGUACAGCAGCUCUUCCCUGGCGUCCCCUGGAUAGCAUUUCCAACCUCGUGGUUUUGGGUCUGGGUUUCGAACUCGGCGUGGUGGGUGCUGUCAUGGCUUCAAGUGGAUAAGCUUGCCCAAUAUUUUGCAUCCGACGACGUCAAGGGCUGGACCUUACCAGAUUAUCCCAUCAUGCAAUUGUAA